AUGGCAACUGACGAGUGGGAACAGAACACUCUCAUAAAUGUGGCAAUGCCACUCACAAACCUCCCUCCGUACAACGAGCAGAACACCAAGAACUGGUUUUUACAGCUGGAAGCCAUUUUCUCGGUACGGAAAAUCACAUCACAACAAGCAAAAUUCGUCAACGUGGUACAAGUUUUGCCACCUUCAGUUGUCGACGAAGUAGCCGACAUCUUGGAACACGUACCCGAGCAGGAGCCAUAUACUCGCCUCAAGGAGGCUAUUCUGAAACGAACCGGCCGUUCGGACGAGGAACUGCUCCGGGAACUUUUUACCCACGUCACCAGGGGCGACAGAACACCCUCACAGCUUCUACGCUUCAUGAGGAGCCGACUGGGGAAACAUUCCAUGGCCGAAUCAAUCUUGCGCGAACUGUGGAUGGACAAGUUACCCACUACCAUAACGCAGAUAUUGGCACCAAUCGCUGAUAACACUCCACUGGACCAGUUAGCAAACUCCGCUGACCGCAUCGCAACUAAACUGGACCAAGGAGUGUGUGCCGUGCAACGCCCAGACGACACAUCAGCCAAAGAAACAGACCUGGAAAAGGCAGUAGCUGACCUGCAGCAUCAGCUGCAGGAUAUACGAAUGCUCCUUUCCCGCACAUCGAGAGGCCCAAUGCCGGCGACCGGCGAUUCGGCACCAGGGCAAAGAAUUGCUCGGCACCCUGCAAAUACAGCUCCAAAACCAAGUCGGAAAACUAAACAGCCGGCGGGUAGGAGCGGCAGAACCCCCGGCAAAAACAUACGAAGCCGCCUUUUCUACGUAUGGGACCGACGGAACAACAUAAAGUUUCUAGUGGACACGGGAGCAGCUAUCAGCGUUAUACCCCCCAAAGAACAGCAAGACCGAAAGGCGACCCCGUAUAAACUCCAGGCAGCAAACGGCUCGACGAUCGAGACAUAUGGAGCCAAGACACUGACUCUGAACAUCGGUAUGCGGCGCGAUUUUACAUGGACUUUCACCCAGGCAGACGUAAAAACGCCAAUACUCGGUGCAGAUUUCCUGGCCCAUUAUGAUCUAGCCGUGCACAUGAAUACGAGAACUUUAUCAGACAAUACCACGAACAUUGCUGUUAAAGGCACCCUCUCUCGACACAACACCACUGGAAUCAGUGUGACAACUUGCCACGGACGAGAGUACAUCGAGAUCCUAAACAGAUACUCGGACCUCAUUCAACCACUCGCAGGUACCGGUCCGGCAAGACACCAAACACAGCACCAUAUAAAGACCAGUGGACAGCCUACUUUUUCCCACCCACGACGACUUCCUCCUCAUAAGCUGGAAUACGCCCAAAAGGAGUUUAACAACAUGCUGCAGGACGGAUUUAUACGACCCUCCGAUAGCCCAUACGCCUCACCCCUACAUCUCCAGCAGCUAGAGCCAGCAGCAGUCCAGUCCAGCAGCUCCUCCUCAUCAGCAGCAGCUAGAGCCAGCAGAGCAGUCCGGCCUCCUCCUCAUCAUCAGCAGCAGCCAGCAGCAGCCUCCUCCUCAGAGCCAGCAGAGCAGUCCAGCUUCAUCGUCAGCAGCAGCGACGCAGAUAUCAGCAGCAGCCUAUCCUCGGACUACCAAGCUGCGAUCCUGCGCGACACUCCACCCAAGGACGAACUGACUACACCACAGCACUGUCCGCGUCGAUCCUCUCUCUCUGCAAGUACAGACAUCCAGGGAUCGACUGGACCUAGAACAUCGCUGGUUCCAUUCGGCCUACCUCCAAGCUGUCGCCUUGAGACCUGA